AUGAGUUUAGUUCCUUACAAUAAUGAUUCGCUUAUAUUAAAGGAUUCCAGCUCUAAAUCAUUAAUGAUUGUUAAUCCAUCAUUGGGUGAACUAUCUUAUUUUAAGAAAAUAAUAACGCCAAGGAACAAUGAGCCAAAAUUUGAUCAAUUUUUAGAUGAGGAAGAGAGUAUCACUGAAGAGAAGGAUAUCGCUUCUUAUGUGUGUCCACAAUGUGGUACAGAAAUUGAUACAUCUUCACAAAAUCGAAAACUCCCAAAAUAUAGUAAUAAUAGAAGAAGUUCGAAGCAACCAUCAGAAUUUAACUUAUCUAGGAGAUAUUUUAGAUUAUUACAGGAUACAUUUACCCAACAGGCACUACCAACUAUAGCGGCUGAGAGUAACAAAUUCCCUACAUUCAUACCUGAUGAUCUAUUCAUUCCGGGUUAUUUUCGGAAAUUUUUUACGACAUUGUCCCUUUUAGGUACUGGUGCUAGAGGAUCAGUGUUCAAAGUUGUUCAUAAAAUUGGUGACACUGACUUAGGGAUAUUUGCAUUAAAGAAAAUAUCUAUCGGGAAUGAUAUGACCUGGUUUAACAAAUGCAUAAGGGAAGUUAAAGCCCUUAGUUCAUUAACACAUCGGAGCGUUAACCUUAUUACCUAUAACCAUGUUUGGUUAGAAAUGGAUGCAUCGUAUGGAUUGACCAUGCAGAAUGAGGAGAGAGAGAAGAUACCUUGUUUAUUCAUUCUGCAACAAUACUGCGAAGGUGGGAACUUAGAGGAUUGUAUUUUAAUUGAUAUAUUUAAAAAAUUCCCAGAGAAAAUUUCAAGUGAAGAACGUAAGAAACGUUUUAGACAAAUGAGAAGAGAUAGACACAACGGUAGUAUUAAAUUAGGCCUUUCAACAAUUCAGAUUUUAUCAAUAAUAAGGGAUAUAGCCAGAGGUUUACAUGAGCUACAUGAUAUUGGGAUUAUACACCGUGAUCUUAAACCAUCAAAUUUAUUACUACUAGGUCGAUAUAAGGUGCCUGACUCUAGGUUACAAAAUGAUAAUGGUGAAGUAAAUGGAAAUGAUUCGAGGGAGCAAGAAAAUGACUUCCCAACUGUUGUGAUCGGAGACCUUGGUGAAAGUCAACUAGCUGGAGAAUCUAGAGUUGGGACAGGGUGUACAGGUACAUUAGAAUUUACAGCUCCUGAAAUUAUUAUCACAAAUCCUUCCAAUAAUGCGAAGGAAAUGAAAUACAACGAAUAUACAUUUGCCUCCGAUAUGUAUUCAUUAGGGAUGAUAUGUUAUUUUAUUGUUUUUGGAGAAUUACCGUUCGACCCUAUGUUGGAUAUACCAGAUAUGAGAAGAACAGUAAAGAAAUUCCAGGUACAUAAGGAAGAUAUGAUCUUAUUGCAUCAAAAUAAAAGCUUAAAACCAAUUGACCAUAGAAUCUUUGAGUUAAUCGAGUCAUUACUAUCUAACGAUGUGAAGAGAAGACCACACGCAAAACAAGUAGAAGAGAUUUUAAAUCAUAUUCUCCUAGAAGUAGAUGACGAUAGAACUUUUUCAUUGGGAAGAAGAUCGAGUAUAACACCUUUGGAUGAUUGUUUUGACGAAUUUGAGGAUGAGCAUAUACAAAAGACCUCUUUUAAUGAAGACCAAGUAGAAGAAGAUGAUGACGACGAAGAUAAAUUAGCGCUCACUACUACAAGAGCCAAAAUAAAUAUGGCAUCCGAAGAAGAAAUAGAAAUUUACACAAAAUACGAAAAUCAUAAUACUAAAAGUUUGGCAGAAAAUGAGAAACAGUCUCAUUUUAUAUCUCAGUUCCCUAAUUUAUCAGCUUAUUCUAAUGUUUUAUUACCACUUGCAUUAUUACUAUUGUGGUUAGAUCCAACAGAAAUAAUUAUAAAUUAUUUUAUUAUUUUCCUCUUAGGAAUAUCUUACGGUAUAAGAGAUACAAUGGCUAAAUAUAUCAAGAUUAUUAUGUUGGUGCUACUUAUCAUUAGAUUAAGUAAAAAAUAUAUCAUUAUGUCAUAA